AUGCCGUCGCCGCUGCUCGGCACACAAUGCGCAGCCCAGAGUGUCGGAACCGUCAAUACGAUGGUAAGCUCAAUACUCCAAGCACUCCUUGCCGCACAAUGCGCCAUCUCUCCGCCCGAGUUGUGGCCAGCAGACAACGCAGAACCAGCGCUGAAAAAUGGUUUAGAAACGUAUGACUUUGUAGUAGUUGGCGCUGGCUCCGCCGGAUCAGUGGUGGCAAGCCGCUUAAGCGAAAAUCCAAAUUGGAAAGUGUUAGUGCUGGAAGCGGGCGGUGAUCCACCUCAGGAGUCAGAGAUCCCAGGCCUAUUAUAUGCCAUGGAGCACACAAACGCAACUUGGAAUUAUUUAACAGAGUUCAGCGAUAAGGCGUGCUGGGCUUUUAAAGAUCGCCGCUGCUAUUCUCCACGAGGUAAGAUGAUAGGUGGCUCGGGUGCUAUUAAUGUUAUGCUCUACGUACGCGGACAUCGUAAAGACUACGAUAGUUGGGCGCAUGAAGGCAACAAAGGAUGGGGAUGGGAUGAUGUGCUGCCAUAUUUUGAACGUUCUGUGCAUCCAGUGGGCAACGAUACCCACCCUAACAGCUACGUAAGCUACGUAAUACUUAAUGAAUUUCCAGUCAACGACGCAGACAUAGAAAACAUGAUUUAUGAGGGUAUUGCAGAGUUGGGUAUCUCGCGCGUAAGUCAGUUCACCGAAGGCAGUGAGACGGGUUAUGCCAAUAUACCAGGAACGUAUCAAAAUGGACGUCGCAUGAGCACAGGGAAAACUCAUCUCGCAGCAGUCGCACAGCGACCUAAUUUGCAUGUGAUUAAAAAUGCUGUUGUGACUAAGUUAAACUUCGAUGAGAGUGGCAGGCAGGUGCGUUCCGUAAGCUUUGUACUGCAAGACAAGUACGAACUGAAUGUGGGCAUUGAAAAGGAAUUAGUGUUGUCUGCUGGUACAAUUGAAUCACCAAAACUAUUAAUGUUGUCCGGCGUGGGUCCAGCAGAACACUUGAUUGAAUUUGAUAUUCCAAUAAUGCACGACUUGCCGGUGGGCGACAAUUUUCAAGACCACGUGCAGGUUGUGACUUUCUUCAAGUUAAAUGAGCAUGAGGCAAAGUCAUUUCAGAUCGCUGAUGCAUUAGAUAGCAUUUACAACUAUCUCAUACACCAGAAUGGGUCGUUGGCAUCUCAAGGCACGGCUUCGCUAACAGGAUUUGUCAACACACUCAGAGAUAGCCCGUACCCAGAUGUUGCAUUCCAUCAUUUCGCCUUUCGGCGCGGCGAUUUUGCUGCUCUACAAAUUUUUCUGGAUGGUCUGAACUUUAAUGACAAUUUUAAAGCUCAAAUUCGUCAGGCGCUUGAUACUUCCGAUAUUUUGGGUAUGUUUAAUGUGCUCUCUAAUCCAAAAUCCAAAGGUAAUAUACGUCUGCGCAGCGCGGAUUAUAAGGAUCCACCUAAGUUGACACACAACUACUUUAGUGAACUCGAAGAUCUGGAGACCCUACUACGCGCCAUACGUUUCCAGGAGCAACUGCUUAACACUGCCGCCUAUAAAGCAAUGAAGGCCGCACUGCUACUACCCACAAUUGACGAAUGCGAUAUCUAUGAACUGCAGAGCGACGACUAUUGGCGUUGCUACAUAAAAUAUUUCUCCAGCACUACUUAUCAUCUAACUGGCACAGUGAAAAUGGCUCCAGAGGAGGAUGAGACACAUUGCGUGAAUCCACGGCUGCAGUUGGGCGGUUGUAGUAACGUGCGUGUGGCCGAUGCCAGCAUUAUGCCAAAGGUGCCCAGUGCCAAUACGAAUGCGGCUACAAUUAUGAUUGCUGAAAAGGCAGUCGAUUUUAUACGCGACGACUGGCAAGAUGAGGACUGGGAAGAUGAAGACGAUACGGGCUAUUGAA